AUGAGGAAAAAGGAGCAGAGAUAUGGAGUAAGAGAGAGGUGGGAAGAGGAUAGCAUCUGGGGUAGAAAAUGGGGAGAGAAUGAAAGGAGUAAUACCACAGACCACAAAGAGAAGAAGUUAAUUUGCAGGGAUGAAGAAGGUGGUGGAGCAAGAUAUAUACCAUUUGUGUAA